AUGGAACUCUUCAAGAAGGGUUACAACAAUCGUUAUCAUCCGUUUCUAAUCAAUGCUGCGUUCAACAUGUGCGACAUAAUAUCAAAGAGAAAUUUUAUACCGUAUGGCACAAUCUUUUGGAAAAUAAUCAAACAGUAUACGAACGUAAAUCACAGUUGUCCAUAUCUGGGCCAUCUUUUUGCACGCAACUUGUACAUUGAUGCGAACAGCUCUUUCUAUAUGAUAUCAUUUAAGGUUAGCGAAAACUAUCCCGAUCGACCCAGCGAACAUGUUGGUCUCAUCAAGUAUUAUGUUCAUGCUGCGGAAAUGGUGCAAAUCAAGAAGCGAAGGGAUCAAAUCAGUAAAUCGGCAAAUGGAUAA